AUGGUUCUCCUUUCCAUUAGUAAUGGCUUCCUUCUUGCAGUAAUGCAAAUCUUCGUGAAAACUCUCACGGGCAAGACCAUCACCCUCGAGGUUGAGGCCUCUGACACCAUCGAGAAUGUGAAGGCCAAGAUUCAGGAUAAGGAAGGAAUCCCUCCUGAUCAGCAGCGUCUUAUCUUCGCCGGUACGUUUUUUCUUCGCAGUGUUUGUUUAUAUCUCGCAAAAAUUCCCAGUCGUGUUUUCGAUUUUUUUUAA